CCUUUCAGUAUGUCCACGGAAACGAAACAGUCAAUGCAUCGCAAUUUAAAGUUUUCGUGGCAUUGAGUAUUAUUCCAUAUAGAAUUUCCAAAAAUUGCAAAAAAUGUCGUUUCAAAAUUUAUCUUCCUUAGUUACCACCGUGAUACCGGAUCUGAUUGCUAACCGUAAAACGAUAUCAUUCUUUUGGUAUGACUACCUGCUCUUUUCUAUAGUCUUGGGUUUCAGCUCUCUAAUAGGAAUAUUUUUCGGUUGUUUUCAUAAUCAGGACACAAAGAAAGAAUAUCUGUUAGGUGGAAAGCGAAUGAAUGUGUGGCCAAUAGCAAUAUCUCUAGUUGCAAGCCAUACCUCAGCAAUCACAGUCCUUGCAAUACCUGCAGAUGUGUACAGAUAUGGACUCGGUUUCUGGCAAGGAUGCAUUUCCUUAUUUCUCUUGCAUUUCACCACUUCAUACGUUUUCCUGCCAGUAUUUUAUAGGCUAGAAUUGACAAGCAUUUACGAGUACCUAGCGAUGAGGUUCGAUGAGAAAACCAGAAUGAUGGCCUCAGCAAUGUAUGCCAUCUCAUUGUUGCUAUACUUGCCUAUCGUUAUUUACAUACCCUCUCUUGGAUUUGCUACAGCAACUGGAAUAGGUGUACACGUAGUGGCGCCAAUUGCUUGUGGAAUAUGUAUUUUUUACACAACUAUCGGUGGUCUGAAGGCUGUAGUUUGGACAGAUACUUUUCAAUUCACCCUCACAAUUGGAUGCCUAAUAGCUGUUUUGUGGUUAGGAUUGGGAAAAGUUGGUGGAUUCUUUUCCAUGUGGAACACUGCCGUUGAAGGUCACAGACUCGAUGUGAGUUUUGACCCAGAUCCCACUCAGAGAGAUGGAUUUUGGUCAGUUGUUAUUGGCUUGACUUUCAUGUGGACUGCUCAAAACAGUAUCAACCAAGGAUGCAUUCAAAAGUUCCUGGCCCUGCCAAGUAUGAGUGAUGCCAAAAAAUCUUGCUUCAUAUAUAGCCAAGGAUGUAUCAUAGCUAAAACUUUGAGCAUUCUUAUUGGAUUAACAAUGUACGCAAUCUAUGCUGGAUGUGACCCAUUCUCUACUAAAAAGGUGGAAAGGAAUGACCAACUAGUUCCAUACUUCAUUGUGGGUAUUGCAAGUAGUGCCCCAGGAUUAGCAGGACUUUUUUUCGCAGGCGUUUUCUGUGCAGCUCUGAGUACAUUAUCUGCAAAUCUGAACUGCGUGGCUGGAACUUUGUAUACUGACUUUAUCUCUAAAGUGUUGAAUCCCAACACUUCAGAAAAAGUGGCGAGUAAUAUUCUGAAAUUACUUGUUGUUAUAGUCGGUGUUUGUGGUUGCUUGAUGAUAUAUAUUAUUGAACAACUGGGAGGAGUGGUACAGCUAAGUAUUAGUUUGAAAGGUAUUGCUGAUGGACCACUUCUAGGAGUUUUUAUGAUGGGUGUGUUAAGCCGGAGAAUUAAUUCUAAGGGUGCUUUUUAUGGAGCACUCAUCAGUAUGCUGUUCAUGUCAUGGUUUUUCAUGAUGGUGAAAUAUUAUGAAAAAAUGGGACACCUGAAGCACCCACCCAAACCUCUUUCUGUAGCCAAUUGUACCUACGACUUCAAUUUCAACGAGACAUACACUGCAACACCCCCAAUAUCAGAUGACAAUAUAUUUUACUUAUUCAAAGUGAGCUUUUACUAUUACACUAUGAUCGGCGCAUUGAUGUGCUGUUUGAUUGGUUCAUGCAUCAGCUUUUUCACAAACAAAAAAGAUGAUCCCUUAGUACCUAAGAAAUUGUUAUGCCCCUUAGUUCAUUGGAUGUAUGAAGAUGAGGUAGAUGAGGAUGAACAAGAAAACACAAAGAAGGGAGAUUACUUCAAUGUACAACAAUUUGAUACCCACAAAGCAUAAGGAAAAAGGGUUUCGAUGAAAAAUGUAUAAUUCUUUAAGUUGAGUGCCUUCAGUUCAGAAUAAAAUAUUUUUUUUA